AGCAUGCGCGGGCGGCUCGCGCCUGCGCUCUGGGUUGACAACCCCGGGCGUCUCUCUCCGGCUGGGGCUCCCCGAUGGCCGCCGCCUUUUUGGUGGCGCUCUACGAGUACUCCCCGCUUUUCUACAUCUCCGUGGUUUUCGUCUGCUUCUUGGUCACCAGUGGCCUCGUCAUGGGCUGGUUUGGGUGGGACGUCCCCGUGAUUUUGAGAAACUCAGAAGAAACGGAGUCAAAUGUGAAAGUGUCCCAAAAACAGAUGCGGCAAGUGAAGAACCCGUUCAGCUUGGAAAUAAAAAAUCUGACGGCAGCUUCAGCUACAAGUGGCAUAACGCUGGGGCUUGAUUGUCUGGAGGAUUGUCACCUGACGUGCUACUGGGACUGCAGUGUGCAAAGGCUCCAUGAAGCUCUGCAGAUGCAUGCCCGUUCCCUUCGCCUAAAAACUCCCCAGGCCUUUGAAGAUGCGCUGUGCAACGAAUACCUUUACCGCCAACAGUACCACAUUAAAAAGACAGAGAAGGAGGAAAAGCACUGUCAGUUACCAGAAGAGGCACAAAUCACCGAUUUUGGCCCAGUGCCUCGAUCUCGGUACCCACUCGUAGCGCUGCUGACCUUAGCUGAUGAAGACAACAGAGAAAUCUAUGACAUUAUCGCUAUGGUGUCAAUCAUUCAUGUUCCUGAUAACAGUUACAGACUUUCCUGCAGGAUGUUGUAUCAGUAUUUGCUCUUAGCCCAAGGACAAUUUCAUGAUUUAAAGCAACUCUUCAUGUCGGCCAACAGCAACGCAUCGUCUCUGAACAGUCCCCCAUCCGGUCGCACAAUCGAAGAUGACCGCGUUCCACUGGAAGACAUCAGGCUGGCUGGGGACGAGCUGGAGACUCCGGAAGAGAGCAGUAAGGACUGUGUGGUCUGCCAGAAUCGGCCCGUCAACUGGGUCCUCCUCCCUUGCAGGCACACCUGCCUGUGUGACGAGUGUGUGAAAUACUUCCAGCAGUGCCCGAUGUGUCGGCAAUUUGUGGGUGAAUCCUUUCCCCUGAGCAGCCAAACGCAGUAAGAACAAAGACCAGAAAGAGAAACUCACCUGUUUUGGGACAGUCUAUCUCUCUCCUUCCACUCCAAAGACCGUUCCGGUGGCUGAUCAGCCGCAAGCGUUUGCACCUCCCCUUAAUUUAUUUUGGAAGCCAAGAACGUUUAACGUGCCCGAGGUUGGAGCCCCAGCGCAGCCUUCUGGGGGCACCACAAACGGAGAAAGAAGCCGCCCUGUUGCGCUCAGCGUGAAGAGUGUCUUUAACGCAGAAAGCAAUUUCCGGGGUGUUCUAACGAAGGAUGAUGAAGAGGUUCGUGCCAGCAACCGGGUGCAGCAGGAACAUACCGGGCCGACGUUCUUUCCUCUCUCCCUUGUGAGGAAUAUAGUAUUAUUUAUUUAUUAAAGAUUCAAAAGACGGUG